CUCUUUGCUUCUCUCUCUGCUCCAGUUUCGUCAGAGGUGAGACUAACAUGGACCAAACUAAAACAUCUCCUCCAUGCCAAUCCCAACAGACACGAUAUUGUACAGAUAUGAUUCGAGACUGAGAGAGAAAUCCAUAAACCAGCCAGUAUGGAGACUCUGAAUUCCUCCCAAACCACCAGCAUCAGCAGCGGGGAUAACAGCCUCUUCUCUGCAAGCCCGUACUCCACUGUGGAGAUUGUACUCAUCAUCCUGGUGGCCGGAUCCCUCAGUCUGUUCACUGUCAUCGGAAACAUCCUGGUCAUGCUCUCUAUAAAGGUAAACAGGAACCUGCAGACUGUCAACAACUACUUCCUGUUCAGCCUGGCCUGUGCGGACCUCAUUAUUGGCCUCUGCUCCAUGAACCUCUACACCGUCUACAUUGUGAUUGGCUACUGGCCCCUGGGAGCCGUGGUGUGCGACCUGUGGCUGGCGGUUGAUUAUGUUGUCAGCAACGCUUCAGUCAUGAACCUGCUCAUCAUCAGUUUCGACCGUUACUUCUGUGUCACCAAGCCACUCAGCUAUCCGGCGCGCCGCAGCACCAAGAUGGCGGGUUUGAUGAUCGCUGCGGCCUGGGUCUUGUCCUUCGUCCUGUGGGCCCCGGCCAUUUUGUUCUGGCAGUUCAUAGUGGGGGGGAGAACCGUACCGCCAGGUGAGUGCUACAUCCAGUUCUUCUCAAACCCUGCAGUGACGUUUGGGACAGCCAUCGCAGCUUUUUACCUACCGGUGGCCAUCAUGAUCUACCUCUAUUGGCGCAUCUCCAAGGCCAGCCGCAGCCGCGUGAAGAGGAACACUAGGAAGCCGUCAGGGGCCAGUCUGGGGGAGGGCCCCUCUCACAGCCAGGAGGACGGAUGUCAGAACGACGGCAUCACAACAGGAGAUGCUCAUGGAGAGGCUGCAGAUGGGAAGGAGAAGGAAAUGCUGCAACAGCAGAAUGGAAACGGGCAUAGUCAUGAAGAAAGAACUGAUCAGGCAGACUCCACAGACGACAGGAACCACGCUUCAACGUCUAAAGAUACUGCCGUCCCUGCUUCCUCUCAGAAAUGUUCAAAUGGUGAGAAAAAGACAAACCAAACUCAGCCACCUUCUCCGGAGAACUCCACCGCUGACAGACAAAGUCUGACCGCAAGGACCCUGUUUAAGGUGACAAAGCAGAGUGCUGUGGCAAAGUGGAAAAGGAAGGGCGUUUCUUCCAGGGAGAAAAAGGUGACGCGCACCAUUAUGGCCAUCCUGGUUGCUUUUGUAGCCACAUGGACCCCGUACAAUGUCAUGGUGCUGAUCAACACCUUUUGUUCCAUCUGCAUCCCAAACUCCCUGUGGACCAUCGGCUACUGGCUCUGCUACAUCAACAGCACCAUCAACCCAGCAUGUUACGCCCUCUGCAACGCGACCUUCAAAAACACCUUCAAGCACCUGCUCAUGUGCCAGUACAAAAACAUACGAACAGCACGAUGAGGGCCAACAAGCUGACUCAUGUUUGUGAUAAAUCUAGUGAACUGAAAUGACACA